AUGAAUCCUUACAUCAACUGCUUCAGCCCUGAGCUCCCCCUGUCCCAGCAAGACUUCCCCAUGGAGCCCCCCAGCCCCGACCUCUGCAACAGGACUCACUCUGACGCUUUAUUCGACCCCAAAGACGCCAACCUGACGGAGGAGCAGCUGCGACAUAAAUACUUAGGGCCUCGGAGAUCCAACUUCUUCAUCCCUGUCUGCGUGAUCUACCUGCUGAUCUUUGCUGUGGGGGCAGUGGGCAACACACUCACCUGCAUCGUCAUCCUCCGGCACCGCUUCAUGAGGACACCCACGAAUUACUACCUGUUCAGUCUGGCUGUGUCUGACCUGCUGGUGCUGCUGCUGGGAAUGCCGCUGGAGCUGUAUGACAUGUGGAGCAAUUACCCCUUCCUGCUGGGGGCUGGGGGCUGUUACUUCAAGACGUUGCUCUUUGAGGCCGUCUGCUUUGCUUCCAUCCUCAACGUCACCGCCCUGAGCGUGGAGCGCUACAUUGCUGUGGUGCACCCACUCAAAGCUAAGUAUGUGGUGACCAGGAACCACGCCAAGAGGGUCAUCAUCACCAUCUGGGUGGUGUCAGUCAUCUGCUCCAUCCCCAACACCAGCAUCCAUGGGCUGCAACCUCUCUAUGUGCCUGGCCGGGGCCGCGUGCCUGAUUCAGAGAUCUGCACCCUGGUGAAGCCACGCUUGACCUACAAUCUCAUCAUCCAGAUCACCACCAUCGUCUUCUUCUUCCUGCCCAUGGGGACCAUCAGCAUCCUCUACCUGCUCAUCGGCCUGCAGCUCAAGAAAGAGAAGAUGCUGGAGGCCCUGGGGGCCAAGUCCAGUGGUGACAAUGACUAUCACAGAGUCCAGGGACAGAAGAAGGUGAAGAGGAGGCAGGUCACAAAGAUGCUGUUCGUGCUGGUGGUGGUGUUUGGGAUCUGCUGGGCCCCCUUCCACACCGAUCGUCUCGUCUGGAGCUUCAUCUCCACCUGGACUGGCCCCAUGCUCCACAUGUUCCAGUACGUCCACAUCAUUUCAGGCAUCUUCUUCUACCUGAGCUCGGCCGCCAACCCCAUCCUCUACAACCUGAUGUCCACCCGCUUCCGUGAGAUGUUCAAGGAGGUGAUGUGUCACCCCGGCCAGCACCCGCCAGGCUCAUGCAAGCACUCACCCAGCGUCACCCAUGCCACCACCCGUAGCACUGAGUGUGAGCCCAUGCCCAGUGCCAAUGGGCUGCCCCUCUCUGAUGCUGAGGAGUACGAGAUGGAGGAAAUGAAGGAGAUGGAGGAGAUGGAGGAGAUGGAGGAGAUGGAGGAGAUGGAGGGUGGCCAGGCUGUCACACAUGCCACAUCCCUCUGCUGA